AAGUGGCAGCACUAUAAGAGCACCGUGGAUCCUGUUGUGUUCCCCUCCCUCUAUUCAUAGAGAAAACCAACAUUUUCGAAGCAUUGGAAACUGGUAACUUCACUUCAGUUCAGAUUACAUAUAUAAAUAUAGGCGAUAGGUUUAAUCCUCGUUCGUUAGAUCAACGAUCAUUGAUUGAUCAAUCAUGAGAACUCGGAACGCCGAUUCCGCUUCCAAAUCCGCAACCCCUAAGAAGACGCCGCCGCCGAGGAAAUCCCCUGCGGCGAAGCGCACCGCCGCCACCAAAGCCAGGAGCACCAAGAAGAAGGAGGUCUCGCCCGCACCUGAUUCCAACCCCGAUCAAUCUCCACUGGAGCAAAAAUCGUUAGGCAGUGGUAGCAGUACAAAAUCUGCCAAAAGGAAGGCUCCAGGGAGGCCGAGAACUAAAGUAAUUGAGACUCCGAAUUUGGAAGAACAGUGUGAGGCAGUAGCUGAUGAAACUCCGGUUGAAGGUAAUGGUGGAGCAGCAGAGAGAGUGGAAGAUGUUGAAGUAGUUGAUGCCGGUAAUGUUGAGGGUGAGAAAGAGGGAGAACAAGGUGUUGGGUCUGUUGAAUUAUCUGAUGAGACCGAACAGAAGUCGAUGGAAGUGGAUGAACCUGUUGAUGAAAAGGUUUGUGAAUUGGUGAAGGGAAAUGCCAUGGUGGAAGUUGAGGUAACUGCUUCUCAGGAUGCUUCUGCUUCUUUUAAGCAACCGGGACGGCCCAUUAUGGACCUCAAUAUAUCUGCGGAUAAUGAAGAUUGUACUGGUGAAAAGGAGGGAGAGAAAGGAAAGGAAGAGGUGAAAGAGCAGGAAGGCGACAGAGGGAAGGAAGAGUUGAAAGAACCAGAAGGAGACAAAGGGAAGGAAGAGUUGAAAGAACCGGAAGGAGACAAAGGAAAGGAGGAGUUAAAAGAACCGGAGGGAGAGAAAGGUAAGGAAGAGUUGAAAGAACAGGAAGGAUUGAAAUGUAAAGAAGAGUCCAAAGAACAGGAAGGAGAGAAAGGUAAGGUAGAGUUGAUAGAACAGGAAGGACAGAAAGGAAAGGUUGAGUUGAAAGAACAGGAGGGAGACAAAGGCAAGGGAAAGUUGAAAGAGCAGGACCAAGAGAAAGCAAAGGGAGAGGAAACAAACUUUUCUGGACCGAAAGAUAACACCGAGUCUUUUGGUGUAGAAGUGAAAGCCCAGAUGCAAAAUGAAGAUGCUAAUCCCAGUAAAGAUGGUGGUGAAGGACCACAGAGUGGUGAAAAGUUAGAUCUUGGAGAACAAGGGAGGGUGGAGCUUGCUGAAGAAGAUCCGGAGGAAGAUCCAGAAGAAGAUCCGGAGGAAGAUCCAGAGGAACCUCCAGAAGAAACUGAGGCAUUGGAGGAGGAGCAUAGACAAUUGGAGGCCAUUGCAAAUCAGCGGAAGAUUAAAAAAGAACAUGAGAUUUUUGUUGGUGGGUUGGAUCGAGAUGCUACAGAGGAAGAUCUGAGAAAGGUUUUUCAGAGGAUUGGGGAGAUAGUUGAAGUUAGGUUGCAUAAAAAUUCUUCAACAAAUAAAAACAAGGGCUAUGCUUUUGUGAAGUUUGCUAAUAAGGAGCAUGCAAAGAAAGCUUUGUCUGAAAUGAAGAACCCUGUGAUACAUGGUAAACGGUGUGGCACUGCACCUAGCGAGGAUAAUGACACAUUAUUCUUGGGAAAUAUUUGCAAUACUUGGACAAAAGAAGCGAUUAAGCAGAAGCUGAAGGAUUAUGGUAUUGAAGCGGUUGAAGGCAUUACACUUGUCCCAGAUGUUCAACAAGAGGGCUUGAGUCGGGGAUUUGCAUUCCUAGAGUUCUCUUGUCAUGCAGAUGCCAUGCUUGCAUACAAGAGGCUUCAAAAGCCAGACGUAAUCUUUGGCCAUACUGAGCGAACUGCCAAGGUAGCCUUUGCUGAACCCAUACGUGAACCAGACCCAGAGAUAAUGGCACAGGUGAAAUCUGUGUUUAUUAACGGUCUCCCUCCACAUUGGGAUGAAGACAUUGUGAGGGAGCUGUUUAAAGCUUACGGUGAAAUUGUAAGAAUUGUGCUAGCACGAAAUAUGUCUACAGCUAAGAGGAAGGAUUAUGGAUUUGUUGAUUUUUCUACACAUGAAGCUGCUGUAGCUUGUGUUGAUGGUGUAAAUAAAUCAGAAUUGGGUGAUGGAGCAUCGAAGAUAAAAGUGAGGGCGAGACUUUCAAAUCCUUUGCCUAAAACACAGGCUGUCAAAGGUGGUAUGUGUGGUGGUUUCCGAAUAGGUCAUGCUAGGAGUGGAGCCUUUUCAAGAUCAGGAUCAGGAAGGGGGUUUGGACGGGGAAGACAUCCCUUCAACAACAGGGGAAAUUUCAACAGGGGCAGGAGUUUCUAUCAUGGUGGACACAGCCAAAUUGGAAGAGUGGGUUUUCGGGAUGACCGUGAUUUUAAUAUGUAUCCAGAUUUCCAUCAGAGGCAAUUUGGUCCACAAGGAGCUGUGAGAGGUGGACAUUAUGCAGGUAGCCGAGGUGCUGCAUUUGCUGGUCCAUCUAGACCUUAUCAUGAUAGAGCAUGGGGUGGUAUCCCUGAUGGAGGCCCUAGUGAGCCUAUUCCUCCAAGGAGGCCCUACUCCCCAGGUGGACAGUUUGACAUGCCUUUUAUGGGAAGGCAUUUUGAUGAUCCAUAUCUAUAUGAUGACAAUAUGCAUGGAAUGAAACGUCCAUUUUAUAUGACUGACCCUGAACCUGAUUACAUGGGGCCUAAUAGACUUCGUCCCCGAUUGGAUUAUGCAGAUCCGCCUAUAUUUCAUGGAACUCGUCAACAUGAUUCUUUUGGGCCUGGCAGCAGACAGUACCCGCCUGACUAUUAUGGUUCUGAUUAUGGUAGAGGUUCCUAUUCAUCUUAUUAUGGGGGUGAAGGCUAUCAAGGCUCACAUGGGCGUGGAUACUAUUAUUAGUGUGAUGAAUCUUUUGGUGGAUCUGGAAUUAUUGGAUAGACAUCUUCCAAGUAUAAGCUUGUGGCUUGAGCAUACAAUUCUGAAGUUGCAUAUUUAUUUCUAUACACUUCUCUCUUAUCCUCUUCCAUCUGGUUUGUUUAUAUAUUUCCAUAUCUAUUUGGUCAUAGGUGGGAUAGACUAAAUUGUUUAAUGAUUGUUGGGUAGGUUCUCUCUGGUCUUGGAGUAGGGUAUUAAUAAGAUUUCUAUGGAAUGGGCUAGAUUUUCUUUAACAACUUAGGUAUGAUGAGAUCAGGGACUUAGUGUUUUGAGGAUGCUUUGUUGAAUGUACAAUAUAAUAUUUGACUCAGCAAAUAUAACUCUGAUGAUUGGAAAGUUUAAAGGACUAUUGGACGUAAAAAUCUUUGUGGUGAUGGAUUUAUCUUUUUAUGAAGUGAUAGGCAAGGUUUGAUAUUUGAAUAUGCAUAUUGAGGCUCUUGUGAUUCUAUGAUGACUUUGGAGAGUUCGGUUACAUUUUCACUUUCAUUAUUAGGAGCCAAUUUUGAUCUGAACUGAAAGCUUUACCAUAUUUUGGAGUUCUUUUGAUUGGCUGGGACCCUUGAAAUAUUUAUUGAUCUCCACACAGAAGUAGCCUUUUUAUGGCAUACUUUAUGUUUAUUGAAUUUACUGGAAGAUGAGACUAGGGACUAAAUACAGUGAAAGGUUGACUUUCAUUUGGCAUGAUGUUCAUGGAUAAUGUCAUGGUUAUGGAGAAAAUGAUCUAUUUGACUGAUUUGGUUUCUUAUGAUACUAAGUUAUUACUAAUUUGGGUAUCCUUGAGGAGAUCUCAUUAUUUUUUGCUUUCUAAUGUAACAUUAGUAUGGACUGAGAGUAAAAUCGCUGUUGAUCUAGAGUAUGAAUAUCUAAUGACGGGGACAUCUAAGGUUGUUCCUUACUGUUUUAAUUGUUCAUGAUAUUUAUUGGACGGGUUUGUGAAACAUUGUGAACCAUCAAUCAAAUGGAACUUUACAAAAAUGUUCAUUUUACAUUGAAGAUUGCUAGGUUGCCUCUCUUUCUGUAGGAUUUUUAUUGUAGUGAAUAGGUUGGGGGUACAAAGUGAUUGGGAUGCUACAUCGGAUGUAACUUGGGCCAGGGCCUGGAAUAUUACUUGAUUAAGUUAUGCAAUACCUAGAAGUUCGAGGUGUAAUGUAUAUUAUUUGAAGCUCUACUAAUAUGUUCAAAAACCACAAAAAUUCACCUAAAGCAGUCAAAGAAGUAAUGUUUAAUUCUUAACAGCUUAAAGGUUUGGUUAGAGGAUACUGGAACUAGACUUGGAUUGAAGAUGUGUAGAAUACUGAAGGUUUGCUACUUAUAAAUUCUGUUUCAGUAUAAAUUUACUAGGAUUUUCUCAUGGCGAUUUCUGUUUAUGUGGCCUUACCUUUCUGUUGUCUUGUUUUAGAAUAGUUAGGACUGUUCUUUUUUAGCUUAUUAGUUUUUAGGCUCCAUUUUUUUCUCAUACUUUCUUAGAUUCUGUUGUAUGAUGAGCUGUGAUACGGAUAUGGGAAAGUUGUGUAUUUUGUUGUAUAAUGCCAUGAAUUGAAUACAAGAGACCCGUAUGUUAGUGUGUGCGUCUGUUUAAACACAUUCUGUUAUCCUCUUGUUUUGGCUUGAGAUGACUAUAGAGAAAUAUGCUAAUCUUCUUUCCACCUGAGGGAAGGAAAGAAGGUCUGGGGUCAUUAAGUCUUUUUAGUUGGAGAAGACUCCUUUUGUUGUCCUAUUCAACUUAAAUAAUAUUGGCAUUUUAAUA